AUGUCGUUCAAAAUCAACUGGCCAAAGUUUUCGCCCGAGUUUAUCGAGCAGGCCAAGGAGCAAUUGACCUCGGCCCUCAACAAGGGCCACAAACCUGAAAAAAUCGUCGACCGCAUCGUUGUCCAGGAUCUGUCGAUGGGAACCAAGCCUCCGGAACUGGAGAUUCUCGAGAUUGGCGAACUGGCUGAGGAGCGUUUCCGCGGUAUCUUCAAGCUGGUAUACACCGGAGAUGCCUAUCUGGCCUUGCACACCACUGUUCAGGCCAACCCGCUCCCGACGCUCAAGUACAAGCCCUCAAUCAAAAACCGAUUUGGCAUGCUCUCGGCCAAUCGGCCCUUGGUUGUGCCGAUGAAGCUGAGGAUCUCCAAUCUCAAGCUCAGAGGCAUUGUCGUCUUGGUUGUGGACAAGCAGCGUGGCGUGACUCUUGUCUUCAAAAACGACCCGCUCGAGAAGGUCGAUGUCAACAGCACCUUCGAUGACAUUCCCAACAUCCGUCGCUUUCUUCAGUCCGAGAUCGAGGGCCAGCUGCGAAAAAUGUUCCGAGAUGACCUCCCUCAGCUCGUCCAUAACCUGUCGUUGUUUUAUUUGAGU